GUGCAGAGACGGGCAGCCCGUGAGCCCGCACCCUGAGUCUUUUCUCGGUCGGCCGGUCGCACGGUGCUUUGCGGCUGCCGUCAAGCGCGGCGGAGGCCGGCCGGGCCGAGGGCGCCAUGGCGGCAGGCCUGCUGCCUAGCGCCGGGGCGCUGCUGGCGCCGCUGCUCUUGGGGCUCGCGCUGCUGGGCGUUGGGCCUGCCCCGGCGCGGGCUCUGCACAACGUCACGGCCGAGCUCUUUGGGGCGGAGGCCUGGGGCACCCUGGCGGCCUUCGGGGACCUCAACUCCGACAAGCAGACGGACCUCUUCGUGCUGCGGGAAAGAAAUGACUUAAUCGUCUUUUUAGCAGAUCAGAGUGCACCCUAUUUUAAACCCAAGGUAAAGGUAUCCUUGAAGAGUCACAGUGCAUUAGUAACAAGUGUAGUCCCUGGUGAUUAUGAUGGGGAUUCACAAAUGGAUGUCCUGCUCACAUAUUUUCCCCAAAAUCAUAGCAACAAUGAAUUAGGAGCUGUUAUCUUCUGGGGACAAAAUCAAACAUUAAAUUCUAAGAACAUGACCAUACUCAAUAGGACUUUUCAAGACCAACCACUGAUUAUGGACUUCAAUGGUGACCUAAUUCCUGAUGUAUUUGGUAUCACAAAUGAAUCCAGCCAGCCACAGAUACUGUUAGGAGGAAAUUUAUCUUGGCAUCCUGCCUUGACUACUAAAAGUAAAAUGAGGAAUCCACACUCUCAUGCAUUUAUUGAUCUGACUGAAGACUUUACAGCAGAUUUAUUCCUCACAACAUUGUCUGCCUCUAAUACCUUCCAGUUUGAGAUAUGGGAAAAUCUGGAUGGAAACUUCUCUAUCAGUAGUGUCUUUGAAAAACCUAAAAACCUGGUGGUGGUUGGACAGUCAGCAUUUGCAGACUUCGAUGGAGAUGGACACAUGGAUCACCUGCUACCAGGCUGUGAAGAUAAAGACUGUCAGAAGAGUGCCAUAUACUUAAUGAGAUCCGGAACAGGGCAGUGGGUACCUGUGCUUCAGGAUUUUAGCAACAAGGGUACACUCUGGGGCUUUGUGCCAUUUUCACAUGAAGAACAACCAACAUCAAUCCCAAUUCCACUCACCCUUCAUGUUGGAGACUACAACAUGGAUGGUUACCCAGAUGCUCUGGCCAUAUUAAAGAAUACAUCUGGAAGCAAUCAGCAAGCCUUUUUACUGGAGAAUGUCCCAUGCAAUAAUGCAAGCUGUGAGGAAGUGCAUCGGAUGUUUAAAGUCUACUGGGACCUAGCAGGCCUAAAUCUAAUCAAAGACGCCGUGGUUGCCACCUUUUUUGAUAUCUAUGAAGAUGGAAUUUUGGACAUUAUAGUACUCAGUAAAGGAUACACCAAGAAUGAUGUCGCCAUUCAUACACUCAAAAAUAACUUUGAAGCAGAUGCUUAUUUUGUUAAAGUCAUUGUUCUUAGUGGUCUGUGUUCUAAUGACUGUCCUCGUAAGAUCACACCCUUUGGAGUGAACCAGCCUGGACCGUAUAUCAUGUACACAACAGUUGAUGCAAAUGGCUAUCUGAAAAACGGCUCAGCUGGACAGCUCAGCCAGUCAGCACACUUAGCUCUCCAACUACCUUACAAUGUACUUGGUUUAGGCCGAAGUGCCAAUUUCCUGGACCACCUUUAUGUUGGUAUUCCCCGUCCAUCUGGAGAGAAGUCAAUAAGAAAACAAGAGUGGACAGCAAUCAUUCCAAAUUCCCAGCUGAUUGUCAUUCCAUAUCCUCACAAUGUCCCUCGAAGCUGGAGUGCCAAAUUGUAUCUUACACCGAGUAACAUCGUCCUGCUGACUGCAGUAGCUCUCAUUGGUGUCUGCGUUUUCAUCUUGGCAAUAAUUGCUAUUUUACACUGGCAGGAAAAGAAAGCAGACGAUAGAGAGAAGCGACAAGAAGCCCAUCGGUUCCAUUUUGAUGCCAUGUGACUUUGCUUUAAGUAUCCAUAAUGGAACUUACUUGAUUGACUCAUAGUAAAAAAUAAUGGAUUUGAGAUAUUUAUAAAUUAUGCCUUCCUUGUCAAUUAUUGGAAAAUUCUAAAAUAAAUAUGGCCUGGAUAUCUCAUAAGGUCUUUUUUAAGCACUUUGUAUGUAAUAUUGGGGUUCUUUAUUCAGUAGCACUGAACAUUUUUGUUCCUUUGUGGAAUAUGUUGCAUGUACUCUGGUAUAUUUGCAUUUAUAAUUUUAUUAGAAUAAUGACGGUAGAAAGACAUGUAAAUAAAAAAUAUUUAAAUGAGCUGGGGCAGAGGCAUUGUUCCACCUGAAUUGAUCUUGCUUCUUAUCUUAAAAAAUGUGAACUGUACUUUCAUAAAUAUAUGGCAAAGUUAUUAAACUAACAUUUAUCACAGCAGAUCAAAGUUCUCAUGAAUGGAGCAGAAUGAUACUAAUUAUCUUGGCUUUGAAUCAUAGUAGGACAGAUUGCCUUAGACACCUGGCUCUACAACUUAAAAGUGAUUUGAAUUUGGCUGUUGCUUAGCUUUUCUCUAAGCCUGUUUUGUUUAUAUGAUGGUUAACUUUCCUGCCUACUUGAGUUAUCAUGAACAUUCAACUGUAUGAUGUACAGGAUGUGCUUAGCUCAGUGCCUAAGUGUUCAUGAAGCAGCAGCCAUCAUUAUUGCUAUUUUAGGUGAUUUUAUUUUACUGCUAAAGGUAAUUAUCAAAAUAUAUAGAAUUGAUAGUUAUCUUAGACAUAAGGACAUAUUCUUUGGAAAACUUAAAUUCUUGGUGAUACAUAUAUUAUAAAAAAUAAGUUGUUCAACUAAUUAUAAUACUCUCUAAAUGUGUCCUAAAAAUUAGUAUUUAAAUACUAAUCCCUGUGCAAUAAUGAAAAGCAUUUGGUCUCUUGAAAGAAAGCUGAUUUAGGCAGAAUCUGGAGGUGUACCUGCACCAUCAUAUUUCUGUUCUCAAAAGUUUGGAAAGUCUGUCUCAUUUCUAUUCAGACCUCAGAUUUUAUAUUGUGAGCUUUGCAGUGCCAAAAUUUACUUUAAAAUUAUUUAAAUCUAGAGCUCAGGAGAGAGGUUAUAAAAUUAUUAUCACAGCUAACAUUCUGAUUAUUAAGACAUGGUAUGGCUCUAAAAUAUAAAAUUCCUCGGAGACAGUUUUGUUCAUGUUGUUUUCUUCAUUACAGUUCACUAAAGGGCAUGUGUUCAUUUUUCUAUCUAAGCAUGUUACUAUAUCUUCUAAAUAAAUAUUCCUUACUGAAUGACA